UCAUUUUCCAUCAAUCCUGUGGAAUGAGACGGGAUUCCAGCACGCGAAUCCGCAUCAGCUCCCACAUGCCUUGUUCCAUCCAGCUUCAACUCCAGCAUCACAUCUCAUUCCCGUUUCCUGCCCAGCCAGAAAUGGCGACACGUGGUGCGAGCGCUGCAAACGCGUCUUCGUGUCAGAGGCCGCGCGAGACGACCAUCUGAGGCACUCAGAUAGCCACAAUAUCCGUUGGUGCUGUCCGCUUCGACCGGAUUAUGAGCUGCGAGCAGAGCUCUCUUCACACAUGGCCGAUGCGCAUCACUGGUGCCAGCCGUGUGACGCGCUCUUUGCUACUGAGACUCGACUCAAACAGCAUCAUAUCGAGGGCUGUCAUAUGUGCGAGGAGUACGAGCGGUAUUUUAACAAUGAGAAUGAUCUCCGGAUGUACCUACGAACCCAUGCGCCCGUAGAGCUGCAAUGCUACGGCUGCUAUCCGCAAUUCGCUUCAUUCUCUCCAAUGCUUAUCCACCUGGAAGCGGGCAAUUGCACAUCAGGAACAAACCGGACCCAGAUCGAUUUCCUCGCUUUCAAAUGCUAUCAGAGAAGGAAGUACACACCGAUCAGAGUAGCUAUUAUCCUUACUUCUGUCCUCACUGUCGUCGCAGUUCAGGUUUCUCUCGGGCAUCUAUCAGCACGUCGAGACGACUCCGAAUUGCAAGAUGAUUACCCAGAUGCCGAAUUGUUUGGCCAAGUUGGAGUCUUUUGUCGCACUGCGUGUAUGGAAUGAUAAAUGAUACACCCCUACUCCUAUCCGAUGUGUAUGGUAUAUAGUCAGUCACCUGCAUUGGCUAUACUUCUCCGACCUGGUGGAUCGAAGCUGAGUCUGGAUUGCUUCCACUACUGUGUUCAGACCAGCAUCCAGCUUUUUUUAGAUAUCAAGCACUUGCAGAUGUAAUCCUCAUUGCAAUCACUGCACAUAGGUCAAAGAAAUAGUUAACUGCCAUAAAAAAACAUAGUUUACCCUCUGCAUAUUGUUG